AUGUUCACUUCAUCCUUCACACCAUUGAUGGAGGAAAACUCAAAUGAUUCGGGUUUUGGAUCGCUCGGCUCGUCGACACAAGAGAUGAACCCCGGAUCGCCGAUUGACUUUUCGGAACUCUACAAUGUGACGCCGGAAAAAAACGAGAGUGCUACAAAGUAUAUGUCGGAUGAGAUGUGCCAGAUGAAGUUGCAAUCAGGGCAAGCGAUCAGCAAAGUGCGUCGAUUGCCUUUUGGAGAAAAAACAAAUACGAGUAUUGUUGAUGAGUCACCGAGAAGUCGCUUUAACAAUGGUCUUUCUUUGAGUCGAAAUAAAUCGUUUAAGCCAUCAACGAGAAAGCGAUCACAAAUGACGCUUUAUGAGGCGACGAAACGCCUCAAGGAAGAGGAACACGAUAAUGAGGAAGCCAGUACCUCGUCGACUUUCAAUUUCACUCGUCCACUCCGUCCAUCUUUCCAACGCACACACUCCUGUCCAACUUUCCCUCAAUCACCAAUUUUUGGAGAAGCAUUCUACUCAUUGCCAAUUCUUGACACAAAUGAAGACUCAGCAUACAAGAGAAUUUCCGGCGAAACGAUUGCGAACUUAUUGAAAACGAUGACCAGAGAAGAGUUCAACGAACAAUAUGUGCUCAUCGAUUGUCGAUAUCCUUAUGAAUAUCAAGGAGGACAUGUUAAGAAUGCGAUUUCCCUUUUCGAUAGUGUUCACGAUAUUGAGAAAUGGGAUUAUACGGAGACACUUGAAACGAUUUUCUAUCCAGAAUGCUCGACUCAACGCCAACUGAUGCACACACGGAAACCCAUUUUCUACUGUGAAUACAGUCAGAAACGAGGACCAUCCAUGGCUCGUCUUUUGCGUGAAAUCGAUCGAUCUCGAAACUCCGAGAAUUACCCUCAUGUAGACAUCAAGGAAAUCUACGUGAUUGACAAGGGAUACAAGAAUUUUUUCGAGACUUUCGCCGCCAACUCAACGAACUCCUUUGAAAGUCUACAGGUGGUCGAGCCAUUCGGAUACGUGCCAAUGAACUUUCCCGAGCAUCUCGAGAAGCUAAAGAAGUAUUCAUUUCAUCGACGAACUUGCGGGACAUCGGUUCGACCGGCGAUGCGAAUCGCUCGAAUGGGACGAACAUUCUCAUGCAGUUUGGCAAGAAAACACGUGAAUUUAUCGCCAAGUGAUGAGCAUCCGUUGAAAUCGAGAAAGAGUCUCGAUUUUACCCCAGAGAGAAGCGAGCCUUUGCCCACACAUUUAGAGUUCUCC